GUCACUUUGAAGGAAAAUGGCGGAGAAAUAUUAAAGACAAGUUGUAGUGGUCACGAUCGUGCCGCGUUCUAAAAAGCUAAGCUACAAAUAUAUCAUUUUAGCUGGUUUUAGAGUGAAGCAGAAGUCAUGUUUAUAUAUCUGAGCAAAAAGGUACGUCGUUAUUUCUUUUCCCUUCUAAUAUUUCGGUGUGAAAGUUUGUUUACUUCCAGCUAACGUUGUCAAGGUGAAUAUUUUUUUUUGGCGAACUGAUCUUCAUUUCUUUCUUGAUCUGUUUGACACACUGAUACCGAUUUCUAGAUCGCCAUACCAAACAAUGUCAGGCUGAGAUGCUUGGCUUGGAAUCGGGAGCAAGGUUACAUCGCCUGUGGUGGAGAGGAUGGAUUACUUAAAGUACUCAAACUAGAGAUACAGCAAGGUAAACUUACGCUUAUUAGCUUUUUUGGGGGCUUGAAUUGUUCUUGUAGUACAGGUUGUAGGUAGACAAGAUGAUGCAAAUGUAAACAGAUACGGCAGAUCUUUAGAACUAUGAAGUACUGUCGCGUUAAAUGACAUAAUCUUGCAUCGAUCGUAGUGUACGUAAUACAUUGAACAUUUGUCAGAACUGUCUACAUUGCAUCGAACAAAAAAUAAUGCAAUGUGUUUGUUGUUUACAUCUUGAUUUUUUUAGGUAAAGAUGCAAAAGUUAGAGGUCUCGCAGCUCCUAGUAAUCUUUCAAUGAAUCAAAACCUUGAUGGGCACACUGGUAAGUAAAGUACAUUGUUCACUGGUUUGCGUGGUUGUUAUUGUUCUGUACAAUUACUUUUGCGAUGACCAAUGCUGUGUAGCAGUGGAAAUAAAAUAAUCACUGCUUGUUAAUUAACACAUGCAAUAUUUGAGUUAAAAACGGGGUGCAAUGAUGCACUGAGUAGUGUAAACUGCCAAUCUGUGCAAUUGUAGAUCCUGAAGUGGCAGAUCUAAGGGAAGGGUCACGUACAUGUAGCAGGGGGUUUGGGGGCUUGAGUUUCCCCCCCACCCCCCUAAUAAAUAGACCAGCAACUCUGAGACCGAAAUAGAUUGAGAUGCCACUACCCUCCUUGUUUCAUUAUUAAUGAUCUGGAUCAAUCUAAAGCUACACUGUCUGCUCUCUAUGUUUUGUUACUGGAAGGAGAACUGGGACACUAUACAAAACCAUUACAGCAGUUGUACAAAAAUAGUCAUAACACAGACAGUGCACAUUUUGCACUUAGGCUUGUAACUUCAUUGUAAGGUAAUUGACCACAGCGUAUUAACUGAAUUUUUUUUCCCUAGGUGCUGUUCAAGUGGUGACCUGGAAUGAACAUUUUCAAAAGUUGACUACCAGUGAUCAGUAUGGUCUUAUUAUUGUAUGGAUUCUCUACAAAGGUGAGUCAAUUUCAUUAAAUUAAUGCAAGAACCAACAUUUUAAAUCCAAUUCAGGGAUUAAGGUUAAUGUAAUUUUCUGGAAGGAUCUUGAAAUUUUCCACAUCUUGCGAUCAGGGUCUUGAAUUUUCCAUUCUUGCAGUCGGAAUUUAACAUUUUCCAAAUUUUGGUGGUAGGAUUUUAUAUUUUCUAAAUCUUGCCCACAAGAUCUGGAAUUUUCCAAAUCUUCCGUUAAGAUUUUGAAUCUUGCAAGUGUUGCUGGUAGGAUCUGGAAUUUCCCAAAUCUUGCAUCAGCAAGAUGUUGAAUUUUCCAAAUGUUGCUGCCAACAUCCUGAUUUUAUAACAUAUUGCCGGCAAGAUUUUGAAUCUUGGAAAUUUUGCUGGCCAGAUCUCUUUAUCGUUAGGGGGUAACACUAUAAACUGAAAUUGAUUUAAACUUUUUUAUAUUAAUUCUGAGUCAACAGAGAGUCACAAGACGUAGUUUAUCUUUUCGAAUUCUUGUUAUAACUGUAAAGUGUGACCCUUUCCACUAACUGUUUAUUAACCAAACCAAUCCCAUACCACUAUCCUUUCUGGGAAAGCUCUUUUCUUAUUGUUGUUUCUGUAGCUCUCCUUAUCAAUUAACAGUGUGUGUUGAAGUAGGUGCUAUUUAAAGUGAUUUUUUCAACCUGUUUUAUAGGAUCUUGGUAUGAAGAGAUGAUCAACAACAGAAACCGAAGUGUAGUUCGAGACAUGAAAUGGAAUGCAGAUGGACAAAGGAUAUGCAUUGUUUAUGAAGACGGUAAUUAAUAUAUACAAGUUGUUAGUAAUGUAGUUGACAGGAAUUAAAACAAACAAAAAAAAGCUAGCAAAAGUAAUGGUAAUCUGCUGUAUUUUUUUAGAGAUAGAACCUGCAAAAUUACAGUUUUGUAGGCUUGAUGUUCAUGCAGGUAGCAGUGUAGUGUGUAUUACAAACAUCCAGUAUAAUUACCGGUUAUUUUCAGCUACCGAUGUAGGAAGACCCUAGCUACAAUGCAGUGUAUUCACAACAUUCCUUGUGUCUGUGUUUUACAACUUCAGGGACGGUGAGAUAAAACUGAUUCAGAAGUUUACUAGCCGAACCUACCAACCCCCAUUUUUGCUACCAACAUUUACUUUACCUUGUCAAUUGCUGCUUGCUUGUCAGACUACUCAAAAUUAAAACAUGCUAGCCUGCAACGGCUUAUGCCACCAACCCUGGGCUUUUGGACAGCCGUAUUUUAGUGACACCUGUGAUUUCCUGCCCAACAGUCUGAUGGUCUACCAACACAAGCCAUUACUCAGGGAAUUGGUAGAGCAUCAAGAUUACAACUUACAUGUAAUGCUGAAAAAAUACCUCAUUACUGUUCCAUUGUCUUUAGGUGCUGUGAUUGUUGGCUCAGUAGAUGGAAACAGAAUUUGGGGAAAAGAGUUGAAAAACCUGCAGCUUACAAAUGUUGAAUGGUCACCAGAUGGGAAGAAUAUCAUUUUUGGUAUUAGUAAUGGUGAAGUGCAAAUAUUUGAUAACACAGGAAACUUUUGUGUGAGUAGCAAGUCUGUUUUAUUUUUGGUUGUUUUUUUUUGUUUUUGUUAUUUGAAAAUGGUACUAAUGUUAAUUAUUGAGUACAUGCAAAUAUAUUAUGGAAAGUCGUCCAGUCAGGAAACCGAAAAUGACACAAAGUGGUAACUUUUCAAGACAAUAAUAUGAUUCAUUUCAGAUAUUUCCAUUAAUUAAUAAAAGUGGUACAAAAUCUCCAAUAUUUUAUUUGAAUUUAUAUGAAGUAUUACCGGUACUUGUUUUCAGACGAAGAUGACAUUGUUCUGCCUUGCUAAUGUCACAGGAGCUGUCAAGAUAGCUGGUAUUGAAUGGUCAGUAUGUUACAAUGUAGUGGUUGCAAUCGAAUUUAAAAAUUUAUAUUAUCUAGCCAAGUGGAUUUCAACUAGCAGCAGGUAAGUCUGCAUUGAUGGAUGAAUUAUCCAUCUGGCAAAUAGACCUACAAGUAGUUUACAACAACGAAACAAAAUGGCAGUGUUCAUACAGUGCAUACUAAAAUUAUAUUUUUCUAUGGCUAUGGGAAUAAAAAUAAUAAAUUAGGAAAAAGUGGAAAGAUUGCUAAGUAUUUAAGUGCAAUAAUAUUGGUUGACAGGGUUUGUGAUUGAACUGGCCAGAAUGAACCAAGAUCUCAUAUAUUAUGAGCUUUUGUGCGUACAUGUACGUAUCCAGUGGCAUGCUGGAAAAGAGAUAUCUCCAUGGAUUUCUGUUGGGGAAAACAGCAAAAAGUAUUGACAGUGUGCAUACAAAGCUGUCACUAAGGCCAAUAUUAAACCCAUAAGAAUUGUAACGACUGAGCUUACAUAGUCAUUUUGGUGAUCAAAGUAGAAAGCAAAAGGUGAUGCUAAAAGAUUUUGUGGGAAUAGCAGGGAAUAUCCAUUUGCUACAGCUCACUCAGCUUCAAAACUUUAAUUUCAGCCCUGGCAUGUGUAGGAUUUUUAAAUAAAAUGCUUUUUCUGGUUUAGGUAUGAUGGAAGAGAAGGAUACGUUGAACCAAACUGUCCUUGUCUAGCGGUGUGCUUUGAUGUUGGACGCAUGCAGAUUAUGAGACAUGAGCUGGAUGAAAGUAAGAGAGUCCUCUUAAAGCAAAGUGGAGUCAUUAAAAAACAUUAUAAUAAUUAUUAAAUUCAAUGUAGUUUUUUCACUGUUCAUUUUAAUGCCUUUUGUCAUGUGGCCCAUAGUAGAAAAAUGAAAAAAAAAAAAAAAUUAAGAUUACAGAGAUACCAAAGGACAUAACCUUAGAUAAGAAUGAUAACAAUGCUGUAUAUAACUAAGAUAGCGAAGUUCUCGGUGUAACGAACGAUUUUCGUUAUUACCCCAGUAACGCUUAAAUAAUAAAACAAUAUAAAAUUAUUUUAUAUGAAAAAGAACCUCGAUAUUUUGAAAGCUCAUUAUAGCGAACAAAUUUUGCCUGUCCCUUGACCCUUCGUUAUAUCGAUUUUCCACUACAUACAAUAUGAAUUGUUGGUCCGUUCAAGGCACUUGCCCUAUAACUGCUAUAAAUCGAAUAUCAAUACAUAACAGAUUACCAACAAUUAUUAUUUAAUAUUACAAACUUGUAUGGUGACUGAUCAGAAGCAUUUUUUUAGUUUUCUGAGUGCAUUAUAAACAUUAUAGAUCCUGUAUUGAUUGACACAUCAAUGGCUGUUGUGAAUAUACAGUGGAACAACUGUGGUGCCGUAUUAGCUGUUGCCGGCAUGCAGAGAGCGACUGGACAGGUGAUGCACUAUCUUUUUUAGCAGAUCCUUUUAAAAGUUUUUUGCGGCAAUAAUUUUUAUUUGUACCUUUGUUGGUUUUUAUUUUAAAUUUUUAUUGGAUCAGUAUGUAUAUUAGAAAAUUUGCCAAUUAAAUCUCUAAGUGUAUGCGAAAAAUGCUGCAAACAACUACUACAGAACUGAAAAUUUGUAAUUAUAAAACAUUAUCCAUUCUUGUCCUGAGGGAAGCUGCCUCAGGGUACGAAAUUUAGUAGUUUCCCAAGGGACCAGUGAGUCGUUAGUGAGUUUUGUAAGAACAGUUGUUUAUCCAACGUGUCCUCAAGUUCUUAAGGUGACGUUACACAGUACGAUUCGCAACGACGAUUUUUAGCGCAACACAGCGUUGCAAUAUUGGAACAAUGUUGUCACUAUUCGAAACAAUGUCGUAACAAUGUUGCAACGCUGUGUUCCGCUAAAAAUCGUUGUUGCAGAUUCUCUUGUGUAACAUCACCUUCAACCUAAGUUUUAUUAUACACUACAUACCAUCUACCGACACAAUAAAGGUAAUGUUACACGAGACGAUUCGUAACAACGAUUUCUAGCGCAACAUAGCCAUUUAACAUUUUUGCGACAUUGUUUCGAAUGGAUACGACGUUGUUCCAGUAUUGCAACGCUGUGUUGCACUAAAAAUCGUCGUUGCGAAUCGUCCCCGGUAACAUCACCUUAAUUUAUAUAAUUAUAAUCCAUAUAAUUUUUCCACUCUCGUUUUUGCAGGAGAAGGAUAUCAAUGUGGUCCAAUUUUACACUCCUUUUGGCGAGGUAAGUGACCUUGUAAAGCUGCGCGCAAACGGACGCAACGACUCCCAACAUUGUUGGUUGCUAAAGGUUUCACCGGUUUCAAACUUUGCGCAACAACUCCCAACAACAUGCAACAGGGUGUGCAAACGGACGCAACAUGUGACAUCUAACAAUGUUGGAAGUUGUUGGCCAACACUGUUGCUUCCGUUUGCACGGCGCUUAAAGGACUGUUUCUUGGUUCAUUCUUGCCGGAACCGGAACCGUGUGAACCUAUAAACCUUGUAGCACCUGUGACGUAAUCAGUUGUAAUGCUCUUUCUGACUUUAAUGCACGACUCAGUUAUGCGGGACGGACACAUCUUCCCAAGCAUAAGCAAAUGUGACUUAUUCUGUCAAAAGAGAAUCGAGAGAGACACUCGGAAAUCUUGACUCAUCACCCACUGGUUCUGAAUAAUAACUUUAAUAAUUUUCACAUUCCACCGCGUUUUAGCGAUAAAUGUCUUGUAAAGCCCAAAAGUAAACAAAUAAUGAUAAUAAUAAAUUGAAAUAAUAAACUAAUGAUAAUAAUAAUGAUAAUGAUAACGAAAACGAGGAGAAGAGAAAAAAACGGCGAAAAGUAACGGGGAGUGUUCUAAAACCGGUUGAAGCAACUGUCUCUUCCAUCAUCUCGUCACGGAAACUUUGCUAUGAAAGCCACAGAACAGAACUGAGCACAAACCAUGUUUCUGUGGUCACUCUGUAAAGGGAAAAGGAAAAAGGUAAAGAGUGCUUAUUUUACGUCGUUAGUGCUCCGUUUUACGGGUAUUUAAAGCUACUUAAAGCUACACGGAAAGGAAAGAAGUUGAAAGAAGGAUUUGUGGUCACACCUGGGAAUCGCGCUCCGAAACUCCCGCACAGGAGGCCACGCACUGACCAACUGCGCUAAUAUUUCCUUCUGAACCUUAGGUCAGGUUCUGUCUUAUUUCAAUUGAACUCUCUGGAUCCGUUUCUUGCUCUUAAGCCUAGGCCAGACGUCGAAUUUUUCCUGGGUUGGGCCGACCUGUACCUAUACACCCAAUGCAAAAAUGGCUGCCAGAUUAAUAUUCUUUUGUCUGAAUUUAAAUAAGCCUAACUAACCUCGUUCUCCAGUACAAAAUUCAAAAGAAUACCUUAUCUCAAACGAGGCUAGUUGGGCUAAUUUUAAUUUAAACAAAAGAAUGUUAAUCUAGCAGCCAUUUUUGCAUUGGGUGUAUUCCAAACAAGGUUUGUGAUUAGCCUGGUAAAGUAUAGAAUUUGGACAUAACAAUGCCCCAAUCCCUAAAAACAAUAGAUGGUGCAGAUUAUAGGGACCAAUGAAAUAAGAGGUUAGGAUCGGUGCAGGUCAAUCGCCUAAAUUAAGUUAAGAUCGUCUGUUGGGUCAGACGUCGAACUUAGGACGCGUCGAAGCAGUGAUAAAUUUUCUCUCGAACGAGGCCAAAUAUACGUUAUCAUAAAAAUGUUUAAUUUAUUAGUUUAGUUUGUCGCAUGUGAAGAUCGACGUUUGACCCGCGUGGGAGACGAUGCUAUCCGUCUGAAGCAGAUGGAUAGAACGUGUUGGACGAUCCAAAAAUCAUUCAGACAAACGUAACUGAGUCAGACGUCAAACUUUAAUGGACUUAAGCUGGCUGAACACAGUUUUGGCAGUUUCUGAGUAUUGGUCAUUUGCCAAAUUAUGGCAAGAGAAAGGUUACAGCUCACAGGCUCAAACUUGGCAAGUGAAAAAUACAAUGAUGAAAGAUUUUGACUGACAGGUAAAAUUUGACGUUUUCGUAGUUUCCGUGGCGACAUGAACGAUUGAAUACAACUUUAAAAUUUCACUUUUACUCAGUUUGAUUCUCCUAUAAACUCCCACUCAGCUUACUAUAAUUAAUCAUUACUAUUUGAAACUUAUUUGACCAAAUUAUAACUGAGGGGUUUUCAGAUAAUCAAUAAUAUAAUUGUACUGUAAUAAUUAUUAAAUGUGUCACAAAAUUCGUCUGUUCAACUCCCAUUUUAAAGUUCUCAUUAUUUAAAAUACCAUAAAAGUAAAAAUUCUGCCAAAUAUCACAAAAUUUUAACGAGUAGAUUUUGAGAAAUCGUCUUCUGUAUACUAUUGCUUUUUUCGCCUUUUUUUGUCUAAUUUAAAACAUGCACUACCGCUGACCGCCCGCGAAACUGUGUUCAGCCACCUUAACCCACUAAGUUUGGUUCGUCUCAUGAAACGUUCGACAUUUGGCCUAGGCCUUAAUGUCGUUUACCUGUAAUUUUCUUUGUAGCAUUUGCGAACCCUGAAAGUGCCUGGAAAACAGAUUACAGAGGCAUGCUGGGAAGGCGCUGGGCUGCGUAUUGCAUUGGCUGUAGAUUCAUUCAUCUACUUUGCCAACAUCAGACCCAACUAUAAGGUAAGUGAAGUAGUUUGUGUUUUCAUCAAUUAAUUCUGGUUUCUAAGCUAACUGUAAAGGUGAUUCCAUGCGUACAGUACAUCGUAAAUUUGUUGUUGAAAACACAAACAUUUGUCCACACAUGAUGGCUAAUGAACAUUUGUACGCAUUCCUCGCCAUUGCGUCGAAAGGAUCCACAAAAACUUAAGUUUCGAAUCAGCGAGUGCCCAAGGUCAGGGCUGUCAUUAAGAGGCGGGGACCGGGGAUUUUCCCAGGCUACUACGAACUUGGCUCCCGGCUCUGACUUUCAUAGGAAAAUAGAAGAAAAAUAGAACCAAAAGAAAUCCCUAGCUGGUUUGAUUCCCCGCCUACUUGUUGUAUUUACCUGGCAACUUGAAAUCUUAGUGACAACCGUGCAAGGUACAUUUUGUAUAAAACAACGAUUUUGAGUGCACUUUAUGAAGUUGACUUCCUCAAAGUUGUGCCGCCAUAAAUGCCCACAGGAGAAAACGCAAACGAAUAAAGUCGUCCGUUUACAAGUAUACUCUGUGGCCGCGGUUUAAGCUUAUGUGACACGUAAUACGGUGGACUUGGGUUCGAAUCCGGGGUCGCUCUGACCACCAGCCGAAUAUUGUUUCUUGGUGGUUGGAGUAUAACUCCAUGCUAAUGUUUGUAAAUAAGGAGCUUAAGAAACGACGACGACAGCAACGAGAACGGCAAAAAUGAAUCGGGUUCCGUUUAGUUAACAGAACAACAAGUUUGCACGUGCAUCACGCUUUUUUUGUACAUUUCUUUGCCAUCGUUGCACGAUCACGACGUGAAACUGAGAGGUUUAAAGGUGAUGUUACACAAUGUUACACGAGACACUGCAACGCUUUGUUGCACUAAAAAUCGUCGUUGCGAAUUGUCCCGUGUAACAUCACCUUAUACAGAGUUGCAAUGUUGGAACAAUGUUGCAACCAUUCGAAACAAUGUCGCAACAAUGCUGUAAUGCUGUGUUGCUCUAAAAAUCGUUGUUGCAAAUCGUUCCGUGUAACAUCACCUUUAGAAUCAUGUUGGGCAAAUUCAAACGUCAGUUCUACCAUUUGACCGAAUUUUUGUCAACUUGUCGUUCACUGUUCAUUAUAUCUACACAAAAAAAGAGAAGUUUCAUGCCAUCUCUUUUUUCCUAAAAUUUAAGUUAAAACUGGAGCAUGUAUGUGUUUCUGGUUAUAAAACUAAUAACGGACUAUUUUUCUUUGUUUGUUUCUUUGUUUUAGUGGGGCUAUUUUUCAAAUACAGUAGUGUAUGCAUUUAACAAGCCUGAUCGUCAAGAACAUUGCGUAGUAUUCUGGGAUACCAAGAACGGAGAGGUAAGUCAUAAUGGAAUAAAACCUCGUUUCCAGGUUUCUCUUCAUCGAGUCGGAGAGGACCUGGAGUCGAGAAUGAAUCGACUCUUCUUUUAUUUUCAGAGCAGUUGAAAGAAUUAUGCCAUUAUAAAUAUUAAAGAUGCCUGAAUGCUGAAAUGUUGUCUUUUAUUAGGCUGUAUAGAUUAUCAACUUUGACAUCGCUCUGAUAGCUCAGUUUAAACGUUUGACAUAACGGAUUACAACUCGUUAUAAGACACAGCAAAAUUUUGGCUGAAAUAUGGUGGCGAAUUUUUAGCCUGUUGAAUGCGUGCAUGGGAAUGACCUUUCUAGAAUCAGUGACACAGGCGACUCGCCUCUACAUUAUCUUGUAGCACUUUGCAUAUGCCACAGUGGACUUCGCUUUAAUUUUUUCUUUUUCCGGGUCGCCUGUGUCUCUAACUGAAGAAACAAUCUCAUUUUGGCGCAGUUAUUUUGCAUAGUGAGGGAAGUUCUAGGCUCCAUUUCCUCUGCUGCGUGACCAGCCAUCUUUUCGGAUGAGAAGCGCGAACUCAUUUCUCCAACAUCGGCUGGUAAUGGAGCCUACAGGCAAGCACAUACAUCAACUUAUUUUUCAAAUUACUUCAAUAUGGAAUUUUGUUAGCGCAAUAAUACCGCUAACCCCUUGAAAAUAUUACCCUGAUGUAUCUAUCGUAUAAUCCAGUUUUGUUUUCGUAAAUAAUUGAAUUUUCCUUUUUUUCUUUUUGCCGUCAGAAAUAUGUGAAGUAUGUCCGAAACUUGCUGUCAAUCACAGCUUCAGGAGAUCACUGCGUCUUGGCAACCAGGGCAGAUGACAGCAGUGGACAGGUAGUGCCAGUGAAAUUCUCAGUAGUUGUUGUGAAUGAACCCUUUAGCGCUUUCCGGUAAAAAUCCUGAGGAUAACGGCUAACCAAUUCCCCAAGUAUAAUCUAAAAACCUUUAAGGAUUAUAAUUAAGAUGCAUGUAUACAAUGUACCUCUCAUAUCAGCAUAGAGUCAAACCUCCAUACGCGACCACCUCCCAUAAGCGACCACAUAAAUCCAAAACAUUAACGUUUCCCAGUCGAAACCUUAUAGUUGGAACCUCUCGUAAAGGAACACCUCUCGAAAGCGACUGCGACCAUUGUUUUCAUUCUGUUUUGGGCGAUCACCGGAGAAAAUGGUCUUAUUUAUGUGUUCACCAUAUGUAAUAUUCUACGGUCUUAGAGUACGAGAAAGACUUUUAGUCGGAAAUACAUUCUCUCUGAAAAAUAUAUGUGUUCGGCUGACUUCUCCUCUUAGAAAACCUCCUGCUGUUCGAAUCUCUUGGGCGAAGUUCUACUUCCCGUAAGUCACCGAAUUUGGGGUGGUCGCUCACGGGAGAUUUUUGACUGUAUGUGAAAAUGUAUACACCCUAGUUAACAUGUUUAUCUUGUUUUUCAGCAUGUUCUUGUGCUUUGCAAUGCCAUCGGUACUCCAUUAGACUCCAAGUACAUCGAAAUCGGUGAGCAGUUAUCCUGAGAAAACAGACGAAAUUCCGCGACGUCAUCGGUGGUUUUCCCGUCUGAGAAAUGAGCGCAGAAAUUCCAUACUGAUGACGCGUCACUACCCAGAUCUGGGUAGUGCUUCUGAUUGGUCGUGCCGUCUGGGAAAUCUGCAUCAACCAAUCAGAAGCAUUACCCAGAUCUGUGUAGUGACGCGAAUUUCUGCGCUCAUUUCUCCGACGUCAUUUCGCGGGGAAACCACCGGUGGCGUCGCGAAAAGUCGUCUGUUUUGUCAGGCUAGUAAGCAGUGAGGUGCUGUUUUUUGUUCCCUGACGGGGGACAGUAAAGUUUUCUAGAUGUUCUUGACUCACUGUCCACUUAUUUUGCUUUAUAGAGCCCCUUUUUGUAGCCAUGACUCGGAGUCACGUGAUCGCCUCAUCAAGGGAAGCCUUUUAUUCUUGGCAGUAUCGCAGUCCAAAGAAACUUACUGCUUUAGAGCUUCAGACUCACUCAAAACGAAAGGAUAUCAGGGAAAGGUUGGUUCUUAUUUCCAUCUGUAGUAGCACACUUCUGAAGUGCUAAAAGCCGGUCCCUACUAAGUUGGGAUCAUUACACGUUUCUGGGAAACUGCCCACCUACCCCUCCCCUAAACCAACAUUAACACUAGACUGCAAAAUAGUCGUUUUUUUUCUCAAAAUCAGUAAAGACAUCGGUAAAGCGUGGCGUAAACGUCUUACACGAGCGAAGCGCGCGAGUCUCACACGCCCAUAGGGCGUGUGAGGCGAGAGAAAAAAUUAGCGUCUCUCCCCAGUCUCGCUGUCUAUUUUCAGCCUCGUUCCAGACCUUUUGUUUGACUGCUCGCGCGUACUUGAAUACGCAAAAAUACGGACUGUUUUGCAGUCUACGUUAACACUUACUUCUCACUUAGGGCAAAAUGUUGGCUUAAGGAAGGGGGACGAAAGAUUACUUUUCUUACGUCGAGCCAAUUGAGGAAUAAUUCCUUCUUUAUUCAAUCACGAUCGAGUUGGAAUAGGCCAUUUCCGCGUUCCUAAAUAUCUCGCUUUCAAAACGAGGCUUAGGCCUGAGCCAAAUGUCGAACCUUUCACAAGACGAAGCAAACUCUAACUUGGGUCGACCUAAAUACUUGGGACGCGUCGAACCAAUCAACUGAAUAAGAUCAGUAAUAAAGUUUCUUCCGAACGGGGCUAAAUAUACAAUAUCACACAUUUUUUAAUUUAUUAGUUUGACUUAGUAUAGUUCCUCGCAAGUGAACAUCGACAUUUUUCUCGGAGACGAUCUUCAGACGUUCUAUCCCUGAAAAGCAGACGGAUAGAACGUGCUGGAUGAUCCACUCAGACAAACUUUUUAUAGCUGAGCCAGACGUCAACUCACUUUUCACGAACUUUACUCACUAAGUUUGGCUCCUCUCAUGAAAAGUUUGACGUUUGGCCUAGGCCUUUGUACAAAACCUUUCUUGUGAAAAUGAGUUUUAUUUGCGUGAGAAUAAGAAAUCAUUUUCAUAUCAAUGGCUUCGCGCUUAGCCUCGCUUGGAAACAGAGGCUUAGGACAACAGGGUAAGGGCCUAGAAUGGUGCUAUUAAGACUGAGUUUAGCCUUUCCAGUCUCUUCUCCCUCAGCUGGCAUCGUUUUCCUACUUGUUGAAUAGUAAACCCCACACAUAAUGCAGUCGUGAGUUUACUUUUUUGUUUCCUUUUAAAAUUUUAAUGAUACUAAUAAUUAAUUACGUUAAAAUUUAAUUUAGUUAUAAGUUGUUGUGAAUAAUCCUCAAAAUGCGUUCGUAAUGUUGUUGUUGUACUUUUGCUCUCAGUUAUUUUACACCCCAAAUGCUAGAGGGCUUAGAAUCCACAAUUGAAGAGUGUUAUUAAUGUAAUGUUAAUUAAAUGGUGUUUGGAAUUAAGUAAGAAUUUCUUACCAGGAAUGAACAGUUUUUAACAUAAACGUAUGUCAUUGUGAGUCCUAAACUGUCAAACAUCCUCCGUUUGCUUAAAAUUUAACGUCAAACGUUGAAGCUAACCCCGUAAUGUUCAGGCCUAUUAGACUAUUCUUUUUAACGACAAACGUUGAACAGUGAAUAAAUCUGACAACUGGCUUUAGUGCCACAAGAGAUAAGCCUUUCCCAUACCCUCAUCAUGUAGUUAUAAGUGAUGAACUGUAUAAGCCAAGGCUUUAUAACCCGCUUCUUACAAGUAACUUUGCACUCAUUUCUUCAUUCUUUUAAACAUAACUCCUUAAGCGACAGAGGAUCGACUUUCUAUCCAGAAUAUACAAAUCUGCGGUAAGAUAUGAUUAAUCUCCAGUAGAAGUAAUAUUUAACUCCUUAACUCGAGUUUCUGUUUAUAACUUCAAGGAAGUAAAUAUUUUUUGAGUGAUUUUAAUUCUGAUAAAACACGGCUGAGUUGUAAUCUCCAUUUUUCUCGGAAAAAUAAUGAAAACCAAAGGGUUGUUCCAAAAAUUAAAGCAUUUUAAUUAACUUGUGGGUUGUCAAGUCUAACCACUCUCGGCUGAGCGUUAUGUUUUAACAUUCAUAAAACACUCUUGCUUGUUUUUAAACUGUAGUUAAAAUUCGAUGUAAUCCUCAGUUUGCAGUGAAUUCAGUCCUAUGAUAAUAAUUAUCAUAUUUCCUUUAAAAUCAUUGAUUUUACUUUUUUUGACAAAUGAUUCCUGUUCUUUUUUCGUAUUAAAGGGUUUGGCGUUAAUUUGUUCCAACAGUAUAAGAAUUCAGGAAACGCAUUUCGUAAUGGGUUUAGUAGGGUUUUCUUUCUUAAUUUACUGCUAUGCAGAAUGUUUCAUAUCGAUGAUGUACCAUCAGGCGCUGGAGAAGGCAUUAAAGACAUUAAUAAGGCUCUUGCGGUAUGUGUGCUCAUGUUAACUGUCUAGUAUAUCACUGUUUGUUCCAUUCAAUGAUCUGGCUGUUCUAAUCGUUCAGAUGGUAGAGUGCGGCUCGAAGUCUGAGAGCGGGAAAAUAUGGAGGAAGAGAGGGGUAGAAAAUUCGCUCUCACUCCCUACCCCACCCCCUUCAGUUGCUGUUUUUCCGGCUCGCAUCUCUUUCCGCCGUCUCCACAAUCUGAAUGCCUGGAGCAGGCCACAUUUUCAGAAGCUGGUCUCGUCCGUCAGGGGAUUCUUUUGCCAGCCAAAUGAACGUGGUAUUUUAACUGCGACAUUGUCGCUUUGAAGGAUAGCAUCAAUUUAAGCUGCUUUAUAUAUUCUGACAGCGUGUUUCUAACGCAAACCUGGCACCAAAAAUCUCUCCCGAUGUUUUGGUCUAUCUUCUUAGCUUUAUUUGUGUUAAAAUGCGUGUUUUUGUUCAUUUUCCAGCCAACUCAUGAUCCUGUCUGUUGUAUCUGUGCUUCGGAAAAAUUACUGAUCUUGGUUAGUGUUUUUUUUCAUGUUAUUAUUCUUGGUUUUUCUCAGUACAAACUGAGAGUCCCUUUUGCCAUUUCAGUUUCUGACCAUAGAAUUGACUUCAGGUUACGCUAUGUUAACUUUGUACUUUAUUUUCUAGGGUCGUGAAUCAGGGACUAUUCAUCGAUACUCGUUACCCAAACUCGCCCUGGAAAUGAAGAAUGUCCUCAACUGCCGUCCACACCAACUGUCACUCAACUGCAUUUCGUCGUAAGAUCGCAAGUUAUAAUCAAUUUUAGUGAACUAAAUACUUUUUUCCCUCUUUACUUUCUUCUUUUUUAAUGAAUAACUAGUCUGGAGUUCGCCUUGACGUAUGACUUUUUCAAGAUAUCUCAAGAUUUGGCGUGAGUUUUUUGAAGAAUUCCAGCGAAAGAAUGACCCAAUUGCUACUGUCUGUUUAGUAUUUUUAAAUUUUCUGGAAUCUCCAGGUAUCUAUUGGUCCUCUAAGUCUUUGUUUGGACUUAGUAGUUAAUGUUAAAACCAAAAAGCGAUCUUUCUUUCUUUGUUAGAGAAAGUCUCUUCAGAGGAGAGGGAUAGAGGGCGGGCCGGGGUAGCAUUUCAAGCAGUUAAUCCACACAGUGGUUCAAAGGGUUUUCAGAGAUAUCGUUGUCUUUUUUUGUAUUUAUGAAAUUUUGUGUUAGCUCUAACGGGCAAAAAAAAAAUGCCUCUACCUUUUUUAAACGUUGUUGUUUUUUUCUCUUAGUCGCUUAGCUAUCAUUGACAUCUCCGGAGUCUUAUCAUUCUUUGACUUGGUAAGUUAGAAAGAAGAUCAUCAGUUAGUCACCGCCAGUUAGUUCCAACUAUCUAAGUUAAAGUUACAAAAAGCAUAAGAUUCAGGAUAUACAUUUGUACAAAGUCCAAGUACAAAAUAAAUAAAACUAAGGGAAUAUAGAAGUUUUACAUCAAUAUGAAUGAGUAUAAGAGCUAAUGAUAUGGCUAGUGAAAUACAUACAAGAAUAUGAUUAAACUAUGAAAUGGUUUAAUUCCUGCUGUUCUUUAAUUAAGAUAUUAUCAGGUUAAUUCUUUUCCGUGAGGUUGAUUCAUACACGUCAGUUCCUACGUAUGUUAUGUCAGUUUACAGAAAUUUUAGUGUAAUAGAGACCCAUACUUUUACGAAAAUUCGUUGUGUGUUAGAUUAGUUCAUAAUUAAUUUCAUUUUUUUACAGGAUGUGAGGAAGACAGACAUCACAAAAAAUGAGACUGUUGUAGGCGAGCAUCUGAAAUUUGAAAGAAAAGAUGUGUGGGAUAUGAAAUGGGCAGACGUAAGUUGCGUAGUCGGCUCGUUGAACAAGUCCUUUAGAGCGAGUCACAAUUCAGUCUCUAUUCAAAGGCGCAGACGUUCCGUGAACCUAAAGUUGAUGUUACACGGGACGAUUCGCAACGACGAUUUUUAGGGCAACACAGCGUUGCAAUGUUGGAACAAUGUUGUAACCAUUCGAAACAAUAUCGCAACAAUAUUGCAACGCUGUGUUGCGCUGAAAAUGGGCGUUGCGAAUCGUCUCCUGUUACAUCACCUUAAUAGAACUUCAAUCACUCAUGUACCACCGCUGAAAAACGCGGGAAAGUUAUUUUACACAAUUAGCCAUUCAACCCUUUAAGCCCCAAUAUCCAAAUACAAAUUCUCCACACUAAUUUCCAUACAUUUCUCUAUAGAAUUAGUUGAGAGAAUUUGGUUAAAAAAAAGCAAAGCAUUUUUCCUUUGUUCAUUUUUUUUAAAUCUCCUAACCUUUUCUCUUUAUGAUGUGUUGAUAUGGUUAGGAGAAUACAGAUGUUGGUCAAUCUUGGGGCUUAAAGGUUGCGCAUGAGACUGGGUCGAUGUUGUUUGGCGAAGUGCAUUCUGGGACUGUUUAGUGGGACGAAAUUUACCCAGUUUCCUUUGCACCGUGAUGAGGACAUGAAGGACAGCUAAGGCGGAUACUAGCUGCGAACAUCAUAUUUUUUUCAAAUUCAGAAGUCAAUGAUGUGAUCGUUUUUUUGACGCCUCAUUUCCACUCAGCUCAUCCAAACAAAAACGAUUGAAAAACAUUUCUUGUCUAAGUAAAUAUCUAUUUAGAUGCAGUUUUUGAAGUUCAUUUGAGAGACAGCUGGGAAGUUUGUAGAACCAAUGCUGCCCUAUCCGACAAACAGUUAUAUCACGAGAGUCUGUCCGCUAAAUCUGAAGCGACACUCUCUUCUCCUGUAUUUAUGCUUUAAUGCCGUCUCCUUAUGUAUGUGUUUUUCCCCUUUCGGUCAGCUCAUUUCUUUUUUCUUUACUUUUAAAGGAUAAUGCUGAGUUGUUUGCGAUGAUGGAGAAGACACGAAUGUAUAUAUUCCGCAAUCUGGAUCCUGAGGUAUUCGUCGAAGCGUAGGCGUAAUUAUAAUAUCUCACUUUAUCUUUGGUUGUCGACUAAUUCAUUUAAAGCGACCAUUAGAUUUGAAUACCAGUACAAGAUCACUGGUGAGCGGAGGAUUAUGGAAUUUCAAACCAGUGUAAAAAACCCUAUAUUCUCGCUCUUUCUUGCUGCCGACCUGACAUACGGAGAGGUAUCAGAUAACUGUUGUGUGACGAAUGGUUAGCUAAAAAAAUAGGCCACUUCCGAGCUCCAAAAACCCCCACUUUCAAAAUGAGACCAAAUGCACAACCUCUCUUAUGAAAAUGAGUUUUAUUUGCGUGAGAAUGAAAAAUCCUUUCCAUAUCAAAGGCUGCGCACUUAACCUCGUUUUGAUACAGAGGCCCGUUGUAAGGAAAACUCGGUUCGCAUUCGUACGUAAGGCUGGUAUUGUCAGUCAAAUGUAAAGGUCUUAAAUAAUCCAAUAACUGAAGCAGAGAAAGCAUCUAAGACUGGAAUUCAUUAUCUUAUCGGUAGGUAUGUUCCCUUUAACAAGCAGUUACAAUGUAGGUUGUGAAUGAUUUCCCCCUUUAUUAUUUUGCCUUUAAUUUUGGUAUGCUACGUCCUGUUUUAGGAGCCAAUUUUGAGCUCUGGAUACAUUUGUCAGUUCAAUGACUUAGAAGUGAGAGCUGUACUACUUGAUGAGAUAAUGAAGGUUUGUGUCAAAUCCUCUGCACAAUAAGAGUUCCUAUUGUCAGAACGGAGAAAAAAAGGAUGAAAUAAGGAAACGCUGAUUAACGCUGACCUGUUGAAUUAGAGGAGCGUUAAUCGUUUGAAAUAAUUUAUUACAAGAGUGCUGUUAAGCACUGUGCAAACGGACGGAGCAUUGUUGGCCAACAACUCCCAACAUUGUUGGAUGUUACAUGUUGCGUCCGUUUGCACACCCUGUUGCAUGUUGUUGGAUGUUGUUGCGUGUUGUUGGGCAAAGUUUGAAACCGGUCAAAAAUUUCAGCCAACAAAUCCCAGCAUUUUUUGUUCCGUGAUCGCCGAAGCGUAGCGCAACAAUAAUGGAUCCGUUUGCGCGGUUCUUCCAACAUUGUUGGGGCCACGCACGCUCAUUACGCAUGGUUUACAAAGACUUAUGGGUUGUAUCCUUCCCACGAUGCACUGCAGGUCCCAACAUUGUUGGGAGUUGUUGCAUGCGUUUGCACACCACUGCCAACAUGCACGCAACAACUCCCAACAUUUUUGGCGCACGCAACCUUAGUAUAAGUUCUCUCGCAUGGUCAUACUUGGGGCUUUCUUUAACUUAACGUCAGAACCACCUUAUAUAGAAUUAUGAACAACACUCUGACUGCAGAAAGGAACUGCUUCAUGGUAACUUUCGUAAAAAUUUUUGACCGUUGACAGGGUACCAGACUUCGGAGUGAUAUGCUCGGAUUCGAUUUCGGGCCAGACCACUAUUUAGUGUCUUGAAGAAAAUGGCGAGAAAGGGCGUUCUUUGUUCUGAUAUCUACAAAUGGUUAGACAUUGUAUUCUUCUCGGGUAAGGAAGUAAAACGCAAGGCCUCAUCGUCUCACAGCACUUUUACGGCCGCACUUUUAGGACCGGUUCAGACGCCGAACUUUUCUUAAGCCGAACCUAAUCCGAAUUAAGGCCGACCGAAAUUAUUUAGACUGGCUGAAUUGAUGCAGACGCCGAUGUUAAUUACCGCUGAACUAAAUUCAAAAGGAGAAAAUUGCUCGUUUCGACGUUAUAAUAAUUUAUGUAUUAGGUUCGGUACAUGAAAAGUUUGGCGUCCUGAAUCAAAGUCGUUCUUAAGGCGACUCAAAGUCGAAUUUCCCGGUCGGGCUGGGCGGGAACAACGGCUAAGCCGCUCCAAAUGAAAACGGGUGUUCCUAAUUGAUUCAGACGCCAAACUUUUUAUGUCCUUAAUUCAAUAUAUUCGGUUCGGCUCAUGAAAAGUUCGGCGCCUGAACCGUGCCUUACUGAUGCGUCUCUUGUCAGAUGUAAGAGAACCCACGCGGAUGAAAACCGUAAACAAAGUCAACAUCCCUCUGCUAUACCUUUCACACGCUUUUGUUUCUUAUUCUUAAUGCUUUGUGACUUUCACAUUUCCUUUGCUUUUCUGAUAGGAUCCGGACCAUCCAAACAAGGAAAACCUGAUCGACUUGGAAGUUAAGGUAAGAUAAACAAACUCAACUGUGUCGCUACACCUAUACCAGGAAGUCUGCGAAACCAUCUUACAUACAGCCAGGGUUUUCGGUAGCAUUUGGAAGUACCGGAUGCAGUGGUUUAGCCGGCGGACGUGCACCGUUCGCGCAGCUGGCGCGAACGUUGAGUGCCGGAGGCACAAACUCCUAGAGGCGUCCGGGGGCAUGCCCGCCCCCGGGAAAAUUAGUAAAAUUGGACUCUCUAAAAUGCAAUUUCCUGCUUUCCCUGGACCGGAAUUAUAACAGGAAUUAUCUCUCUGUUUUCGAUCGUAUGCAUUACAUAACUAAGUGAGUAAAAUAAGCGUCAAGUCUUUCUUUGGUUAAUAAAUGGGGAGAAAAACGAUUUUCACACGCCAAUUAAAUGAAUUUUUAUGUAGAAAAAGUGAGGCUUUAGUAGAGGUAAAGGCAUCAGCGUCAUUUAAAUUGCUUAUCGAUAUAUUCAAUAAUAAAAAAUAAUAGCGUUCAGUAUUCCCAACUAACAGUGGCAAGUUGAUAGGUUUUGCAUUGUUGCCCGCUCAUAGACUCUUCGCGAGAAACCGUUUCAUUGCUAGACGUCACCAUGACUUUGAAAUAGCCAAAUAAGCCAAUGAGUAUUACCAUUGGUAGGAGUAAUGUAGCUAUAUACGGUUGUAGCAAUCAUUUCUUUCAUACUUGUAAUUGUUGUUUGUCUCAUUUUUUAACAGUCCUUGCGUGACGCUGGUGAUUUGUUAGAAAAAGUCGGUAUUCCUGAUGCCUAUCAGUUCAUUGAGGAUAAUCCACAUCCAAGAUUAUGGUAUGGUUAUCAAGGUGUUGCACUUUUUGCACUCCCUUGUACCCAAUUUCACAUCACAAGAAGCCGAAAAUUAAGUUUGUGGGGUAUAUAUAGGACACCAGCAAUGAAGUUUAGGGAAUUUCUUCCGGCGGAAUCCUACAAAUAUCUUUCGUUUUAUUUUCCGAUGUUUUCCGAUAAAGUUCGAUAAGUACCGAAUAUCUCCAAAGAUUUUCUAGUUUUUUUUAUUAUUGUUUAUUUUUUUUUAAGCCUUUAAAGAAGGCAGUGUAUGAGUAAACGGGAAAGAAGGCAAUAUUACAAAGCUUCAGUGGUUGAGUAGAGUUUUUUUAAGAUUUCCGACGAUUAGCCAAAUUUACCUACCUUCCGAAGAUUGCAUGAACCUUUCGCUCAUACUAAGUGGUUCGAAAUAAAUUCGACAACUGAAAAAACGUAGAACCAAGUAAUCUCCGCAUGGUGUUGUUUAAGUACCCGAGGAUCCCAUUUUUUAAAACGGAUUAAUCUUUAGUGAGGCGCCUAUAUUUUAACUCGAUCAGCAAACCUUUACAACCAUGCAUGCAAUGCUUUCUAUUUUUACCGAAGGCGUUUAUUGGCCGAGUCUUCUCUUGAAAGACUGGAACUAGAAGUGGCAGAGAAAGCGUUUGUUCGUUGCCAGGAUUACCAAGGAAUCAAGUUUGUCAAGAAACUCGCGAAACUAGAUGUAAGUUUGUUGCUAAGUUUUGUUUUGUUUUGUGUUUGUUUGGUUGGUUGGUUUAGCUCUCGGAUGAGAGAGGCAAAGUACGUCUAUGUCUAAGGUGGAGAGUUAUGGAGCGCUUGCGGCUAGCUUAAAAAGAAAUGAGAAAGAAAAACCAUCAUUCUUUUACAGAACGAAACCAAGAAGAAAGCUGAGGUUGCUGCUUAUUUCAAGCGAUUCGAAGAGGCUGAAAGACUUUACUUGGAGAUGGACAGAAGGUAUUAUCAUUUUAUUGUUGUUGUUGUUUUUUAUGUUUUGUUUGAAUGCUGAACAUAAUUUAUAUUAAAAUGUGAAAUAUCACGAAGUUAAAUGAAAUUUGCUGAUGGUUGUGAAUUUUUCAGAGACCUUGCUGUUGACCUCAGGCUGAAGCUAGGGGACUGGUUCAGAGUUGUUCAACUUCUGAAGACUGGGGGAGGAGGGGGUGAGUAGCUCUUUACCCUUAUCCCUUCCUUUAAGAUCGAACAAUUCGUAUUUAGCCGUUUGCCCUAAUAUCAACAUACACUGUAAGACAAUUAGGAAACCUCGGAAAUGAUUGUCGUUUUUAUUUCUCAGCUUUAAGCUUUAUUCCUAUGAAUAAUGCCCUCUUUCCCAUCAAGCCUUCGCCUAAGUCUUUAACACAGCCGUACUUUGUGUAGUCACGCAACUCCUCCUUGUGGAAAGGACCGUUGCUUAAAGAUGCAAAAACCAGCUGUGUGUUGUAGGAGACAACGCUUCGCCGCCUAGGAUAUCAAUAUAAUAAUUGGUAGAUGAGUUUUUGUUCCUCGCGUGACACACUGACACUUUUGUGGAUAUGAAACCAGUUCGUACAAAAAUAGAGCCUUUUCACAUGACCUCACGUCCGUCAUGUUGGUGUUCCUGUGGGAGUUGAACUCUUUUCUUAUGUGAAUGCUUUCUUUUGUUGCAAUGAAUUUGCACAGCUGCAGACCACAUGAGGUUUUUAAGGCGUUUUUGUGUGCAGACGAGCAAAAACUGCCUUCUUACCCAGGUAUAAACUUUUUUAGGUGAUGACCAACUGUUGGAGCAGGCCUGGAACGCUAUCGGGGAUUAUUACGCUGACCGGCAGAAAUGGCAAAACGCGGUCACCUAUUACGUACAAGGAAGAAAUCAGGCUCGUCUGGCAGAGUGUUACUAUAUGCUUGAAGACUACAGUGGCUUGGAGAAAAUGGUCCAUUCUUUGCCAGAAAACCACGCCCUGUUAUCGGUUAGUGCACGGGAAAAAUAGUCUUUUUCAUGUUAUGGUGUCUCUCUGAAUUUAAAAUGUACCUGAAAUUACAAUCAGAUUGUCCACGUUUCCCUUUCAUUGUGAGUGUAAUCCCUCUCAACGGACAAACAACAACAUCAGCAAAAGCCUACAAAUACUAAUUGUGAUGAACAUUGCCUUUCUACAGGAGAUUGCCGGAAUGUUUUCCGCGGUUGGCAUGUGUGAACAGGCCGUGACCGCGUUUACCAAGGUAAGUCCUAUUUUGACUACCUUGCGCAUUAUAGAGAUAAGCAUUGUUUGCGUGUGUAUGGUACGAAGAGAGACUAGUAUCCGCUUGAAUUUGUUCCGUCGUAUUGUAUUGUAUUUUAAACCAGGCAACAAGAGGCAACUUGCUAUAAUUUUGUGACUUCUACUACUUACUUAACCCACUUGUUCUAUCCAGGCCUGUGCAAAUUUCUUUUGCCGAACUCAUCUAAACACUAGUUCGCUUUUGUAUUUCUGUUUUUGCAGACAGGAAAAGUGAAAGAAGCUAUCGACUGCUGUGUUCAACUAAACCAAUGGGACCAAGCUAUUGAACUGGCAAAGCAGCAUAACAUCAAAGAGAUUGACACACUACUGGCUAAAUAUGCCUCGUACCUUCUGGAGAAGAACAAAACACUUGAUGCAAUAGAAUUGUAUCCGUUUAUAGAUUUUUUUGUGUGUUGGCCAUUUUGAGGAUGCGCGGGAUACUGCAUGGAUCGCUGUUGUGUUGAACUGCAUGAUGGGAUUGUUUUGGAGGACAAAUUUUGCCCCCGUCUUCUGCGCAACCUUGCAAUAGGCCACUUCCGAGUUUCAAAAACCCUCACUUUCAAAAUGAGGCUAGGUGCACAACCUUUAAGGCGAAAAUGAGUUAUUUGCAUUUUUCAUUCUCAUGCAAAUAAAACUCAUUUUCGCAAGCAAGGUUGUGCACUUGGCCUCAUUUUGAAAGUGAGGGGUUUUGGAACUCAAGUGGCCUAUUAAGGUUCCGCUGCGGAAAAUAGUGCUUUGCGAAUUUUUAUUUAUUAAAUUGUUCACAUUUAUUAACAAAUAGACAACAAUGUUCCAUUCGACUAUAGAAAAGACAUCAAAAUGUUCAAAACUCAAGUGGAACCACCAGCCACUGGCUAGUGGUUUCACUGCAAAGUGUUGAACAUUUUUGGCGGCAUUUCUGUGGUCGAUAAGAGUAUAGACCAUUAAAAAGAGAAAAUAAAUUGCGCAACCAUCACGUCAUUUCUAUGGUCUGCACUCUUAUUGACCAUAGCUCUCGACCAAUCAGCGCGCGAGAAAUCGCUCAAUUAUUGUAACAAAUAUCCACAUAAUGGUAAACCCCUUGACAAUGUUCAGGUACCGGAAAGCAAACCAUUUUAUUGAUGCCGCAAAACUUCUCUUCAAAGUAAGUAUUGAAUAGAAUUUAUUAUUUGUUUGUUUUUUUAACAACCAUUCUUUGUUUGCACCCCUAUACGACGACUGCACACAUUGAACAUUUGUUAUCCAAUUUUUGGUUGCAGAAUUUUUUUUCUUGUUUAUUAUUAUUAUUAUUUUCAUUGACAUACUUGUUAAAUCCAGGUCGCCGCUGAAGUUUCGGACGCCAAGACAAACCCCCUUCGAGCGAAGAAAUUGUACGUUCUUGCUGCUCUACUGGUAGGUAUUAUUUCUUAAUUAUAUUAUGACUAUAAAGAUGAAAGUGACAAUUUUUGCGCCUCUCACCCCCUCCCCCCCAAAAAACAAUAAUAAAUUAUGGAAUAAAAGCCCCGAUUGCGACGACCUCAGUACUGUUAUCCACCCUAGCGAUCCCAUGAAGGACACUUAUACCGAAAGUAACGACCCCUUUUACAGAAUAAUGAAUAAAUAACGACUAACAAAUCCAUUAUAUUGUAUUAAGUUUUGAACCAAUAACAAAGGUUUUUGUGUUGACUGACAGGUCGAAAACUACCACGAGCACGUAAAGAUGACGAGUAUGAAAACGGCAUCUGGAAAAGACAAGAAAAGCAAGAGAGAGGUGCGUGGGAAGGGAAGAUUUUUGGAGUUUAGAUAGACCUCUACGUUCGUUAUAAUGUCGUUUAUCAUACAUCUGAUAAAUUCACCCGAUAUAAAAGGACAGACAGCAGCAGCCACUGGCUCCGUCGUAAGCUGAAUUCCCAACUUAUUGGUCAUAUAUACAAUUUACAGAGGACACGUGCUGUUGUCCUCUCGUCCGUGAUAUUACGUUACACUAAAUUACAUUACAUUUCGUUUCAUUACGUUACGUUACGUCUGGUUGCGUUACGUUACAGACGUAGUCUUCUAUGUAGUACUAGCGAUUAGUUGAUACAAGUUUGCUUUGUUGGUCCACUCUCUUCCAUAUUUUACCUUUUUAAUUUAUUUUACAAGAUGUACAAAUUGCGCUCCUUAUGUUUUUCAAAGCUUUGCUUUAAGCCUCGCUUUUAGAAUGAGGCUGAAAGCUCGGCUAUCGAAAAAGUAAAUCCAUGAACUGUAUAAAACCCUAACAAAGUUAAACGCGGGAUAUGUUUUCCGGGUGUGGAAAAAAGAAAAAUUAGAGGAAGACUGUUUCAAUAGCAUAGUCGCAGCUAUCAUUCUUUAUUUAUGUGUUGUUCAAUUUGUAAAUUUUUUAUUUCAAUUUCAAAGAUAUUAUACAUGACCAUUUCCAAAAAUAAGAAAAUUAGAAUUUGAACCAAAGAAAACAUUGAUCAACAGCGUUACAACCGUCUGCUGUGAGGAACAAUCUUUGUCCUGUCGACAAAUCCAGUUUAGCGUAGCUAAGAUUAUGUGCUCUGAUUGUUCAUUUGUGUCUCUGACCUUCAGAUAUUUACGGCCAGGUAUUGUGAGUGUAGUGGCAGGUAGAAUGAGAUAAGUAGUAGCUUCAAUCUUGUAAAGUGCUCAGCUGAGUCAGUUAUAAUAUACCCGGUAUAGUUCAGUCAGUGAGGCGCCCAUCCCAUUCGCUCGUCUUUCAAAAACGAGCGAAGAAAAACUCCAAUCUUGAAUUCCAUAUAGGUAAAGAAACCAUUGAUACUGUCCAUGAAUAUACAUAUUUAGGAACCCGUAUCUCCUCAACCGGUAAUUUUAAUAUCUCCCUCGAACACUUGAAGGAGAAGGCUCUUCAUGCUCUUUUUAGUUUAAGAAAACACACAAACUUUAGCAAAUUAAAACCUUCUCUUGCUUGCAAAAUAUUUGAAACGAUGAUUUCCCCGAUAUUAUCAUAUAAUAGCGAAAUUUGGGGUGUAUAUGUAAAACAUGAUUUUAAAGCUUGGGACAAUACCCCAAUUGAAAAAACCCACUUGAAAUUUUGCAAGCGUUACCUAGAAAUAAGCAAUAAAGCUUCAAAUGUUGCAAGUAGAAGUGAAUUGGGACGGUUCCCAUUAAUUAUUAAUAUUUAUAAAAACAUCCUUUAUUACAUAUUGUAUCUUCUGCGUAAAAACGAGGAUACUAUUGUUAAACAAGCCUUUCGUACUUCGCUAGAACUUCACUGUAAUGGUAAAAAUAGCUUUUACAAUAAUCUUAUGAAAAUAUCUGAAUAUUAUGACCUCCCUGAUUUUGAUCCUAAUAAUUUAAGUGAAGCUAAGAUCAAACACUAUAUUAAUAUAGAUAUAAUAAAACAAAAAUAUAUUGCAUAUUGGCAACAUACAAUCCAUCAUUCUAAGAAACUACAAUUUUACAGCUUAUUUAAACAUGAUUAUAAAAUUUCAAGUUAUCUAGACUUAAUUAGAAAUUCUGCGAAUAGGAAAGAUUUAGUGAAAAUUCGUAUAAGUAACCACAAACUCAUGAUUGAAACUGGAAGAUAUAAUCAAACUUCCCGCAACGAUAGACUCUGUCCUAUUUGUAACUCUGGUAUAAUUGAAGACGAAUUUCAUUUUCUCUUCCAUUGUCCAAAAUACUCAAUCCCAAGGGAGAAAUUCUACGAUCAAAUCCAACAAAAUUUUGUCGAUUUUGAUCAGCUAUCUUACACAGAAUUAAUAAUUAAAUUGAUGAAUUCACAGAAUUUUUCCGUAAAUUCACAUUUGUUGAAAUUUGUCUCAUUAUGUAAUGAUUUACGUAAUAAUUUGUUAUCAAGUCAUGCUGAUGACACUUGAUUGACUACAGUCAUCAUUGCAUUAUCAUUGUUAUGAUUUGUUUGUUUGUUAGUUUGUUUGUUUGUUUUUUUUUUUUUAUAUUAAAGCUUUUGCAAUACUGUAACUACAUAAUUAUAGUCAUGCAAAUAAAGCUUAUGUUGUUGUUGUUGUUAUCUGAGCCAGUUCAAGGUCAGGGUUCGAUUCUUGGUCAAGCCUGAAUUUUUUCAGGGUUCCUUUCAACCGCUUAGAUUGUUUGUUUAACAGCGAAGAUCACAUCCACUUUAAUAUCUGGUUUCCGCUUCGGUAAAAACAUGGCCUUCUUGUUGCCUCUUUUUUUUCUGUCGAUAUCAAUACAAUUGACUUCCAUCGUAUUGAUGUCGGUAAAUAUCUUCCCAAAUGUUGUCAACGCUACAACGAGUUGCCAAAGUACUCUAGACACUGUACCGUAUUUUGGCAUAAAUGGCCUGUCCAUGAUCUUGUCCCUGUGAUUCCCCCUUCACCCCUUAUCAAAGUUGUUAGCAAUACAAGACCAUACUCAAAACUUGGAGGUUCAACUUUGAAUGGCAGGGAGGAGGGAGGUCAGUAUUAUAUCUCACAGACCUGUGACCAGCAGCGAUUUGAAGCAAGAAAGAUCGUAUUCGAGAGAGUGUCUCAACAAUUUUGCAGCUGGUUGUAGCUUCUUUUUAAAGAAUUUGCCGGGGGAUUUAAGCCAAUCAGAAAGGGUGAAAUAUUUUGCAUAAAUAAUAAUGAUGUUAUUUCACUUAACUAUAUUGCAGUCUCAAUCUGAACACAAGUUCUGUUGGAGUCCUUAUUAACAUUAUUAUCAUUUAUUUCCAGCAGUGACCCUUAAUUUCACACCGAAUCUUAAAGUUAUAGUUCUUAAUUUCUUUUGUUUGGCAGGCAACAUCAGCAUUAGCUGGCUUGCUUGAAGAAGACGCCAUUGCCACAGAUGAGAGUAAAAUUAUCGAUAACGCAUGGCGUGGAGCGGAGGUAACCAUCCAAAUAAUAUCUCUUCAGCAUACCUUCAGUCACAUGGUACUACGUAUUAGUUUGUACUUUCGCAAGCUAGACCUAAUUUCUUUUCAGUUUUUUACAAAUCGACUUUAGCUGCAGUUUUCUUGGUGUUGGCAGUGAUUUUGUUACAAAUAGUUAUAGUGAGUGAGUCCUGAGACUCAUCUUGAGAAAAAUCAUGAGUCCCAGUCCAGAACCAUUGAGUCUCUGAGUUCAAAAAGCAAUGAGUCCCUGGGUCUUUAUUUAACCACGCAGUUAAUCUAAAGACAGACUCCAAAACUCUGUAUUACAGUUUACUGAAAUAAAAAUAUAUUCCUUCUAUUUUCAAGCACAACAGAGACUAAAAGAAAUACGAGUCGUUAAACAACAGCCACAAGAACAGCCAUAGAAAUCACACAAAUAGGACAUUUUGCAAAAACAUCUUCAGAUCGAUCAAUCGAUCUUUGCGUCCUACGUGACGUAUACCACAAAUUGUUUUGCGUCUUUGGGGGAAUUUUAUGCGUCAGAGACGCAGGAGGCAGAGGUAACAUAGUCACUGUGUUGGUUUUGGAUACUCUUUGGAGUUAACUUAUUUCACCCCGUUCUCCCUUUUGCAGGCAUACCACUUCUUUCUUUUAGCACAAAGACAAAUGUACGAGGGAGCUAUUGACGCUGCAAUGAAGACCGUAAGUAAUAAAGGCGCAGACUUGCUGUAACAUUAGGCUGAUUUAGCAACAGGACGGCAACGUCAGGUUGUGACGGGAAAGCGCGCGGAAAGGACUAAACACGACUUCCGGUGCCUAAUUUGCCGCUCUGCCAUUGGUCAAGCCAGUUUUUUGAUUUGGCGCGCCGUUGUCGACUGACGUUCCCGUCCUGUUGCUAAAUCAGUCUAUUUUUUAAACUCAGCUUUAGAAACGAGAAGAUAACUGGAGCGGAAAUGUGGUGCCGCAAUUGCUUGUGGGAUCGUUACUGGAGACGUGCCGGUCAGCUAUUGGCCAAGUUUUUUUCGCCUGUCCCUUGUAACAGUCCCAGAAGUCUUUGCGAAGUUAACUCGGUCCAGUUUCUUUGCCGUUUCUAAAGCAGCAAAUUCAACUGCAUUGUCACGUCGUUCACUGUCUUGUGUCGCAAUAGUUUGCAUGCUGAAACUGGAAACCAAAUGAUUUGUUCCUAGGCCUUGCGCUUGUGUGAUUACGAAGACGUGUUGGAUCCAGUUUGUAUUCACUCUCUUUUGGCGCUGGUCAGCUGUGCUAACAGAGCGUUUGGAACCUGCUCAAAGGUAAUGUAUGGAUUGUAACUGAUACAGAUAAACCUACAAAACUCAUCGAUUUUACCGAAACUUCUCUACUACGGAUAAUUCACUUAGUCCUGACGUAACUAUACAGUCCUCGAAUCCGUAAUCGAAAGGACGGCGAAGAAAAGAAGACGGCAAAACUCCCGAGACAAGCGUGUCAAAAAUUAUGUUUGAAAAUUCCGUCAAACUUCACCUUUCUUAAAACAGAUCUUAUUGUAACAGUUCAGAACACAGUAAGUAAACUGAAACGUUUAUCACACGCAAACGUUUUGCCGUUCUCUUCUAUCUAUCGUCCCACUGCAUAAGCUAACUAAUACCGUAAUAUAGACUCCUUCAAAAUAAAGACCCUUGUUAGUUCUGUCUGUUGAUGGUCUUUAGAUCGAAAAUAUUCGAUUCAUUUCAAAUUGUGAAUAGCCAUUAGCUUGUUCCUACUUUUCUAAAGCGUAAUCGGGUGUUGUCCCAAACUCUGCAAAUAGAUAUAGAUUUUCCAGGAAUAUCAUAAACUGUACCUGUUAUGGAGGCAUUUUGUUUUUUUUCAGGCUUUUAUCAAGUUGGAGUCGAUUGAGAGUCUCACACAGGAACAGAAGAAUGCUUAUGAAGAACUUGCUUUGGAAAUAUUCACAAAGUAUGUCGCGUUUAAGCCCCUUAAAGCUCGAAUGGGCAGUUGUCAGUACGUUGGGUUCACGGGUGGGGCUGCGAGGUAUAUUUCGCAGGUAGAUAGCCUUGUCGUGCUAGGACAACACAUCUGUUUUCUACAGUCGACUCUCUCUUAACGGACACUUAUAAGACGGAGCAAAACGGACACCUAGGUAGCCUUUCUUUAAUUUGCCCUAGGACAACACAUCUGUAUUCUUACAAAGAGUUGACUGUAUAAAGCCAGAUAUUUAAGCGAGAUUCAGCUGCUCUCCUAAAUUAGAUGCUUUUAACCACUGCGCAGCAAAUCUUUCCCUAUAUCGUAAUAAACUCCUUCAAGUUGACAACCCUUUUAUGCGGGACAUAGUCAUAUAGAAAUUGUAUUUACGGGUAACUUUCCUUCUUUCCCUCCCAAAAGAUUGGCUCGUACCUUUCUUUAGCCCGGUUCAUUACCUCUCUAAUAUAAAGAUUUAGCCAAGGCUAAAGGCGAAGCUGCCGUUGAAAUGUAUAAUUUACUUCAGACAACAAACUUGUAACCAUUGCAUUGCGUUGAGCCUGCGUUGAGCCUGCGAUCAGUUGAUAAAUAUUAUCUUAACAGCGAAUAUCUCCAAAAAAGCUCUUAACCUCGAUGGGUCGACGCCUAAGCCCGUGAUAUGAGCAUGUGAUACUGGUCAGCGGAUAUCCUGUUUUUUGACAGCCGUCAAUUGACCCCAACCUGGAUGUGCAAUAUCAGCUAGAAAGUGUAAGCUUCCACUUUGGUUACUUACCCCUGGACGGACAGACGGACGGUCACGUGACUUCCAAAAUUUCUCGGAUGGAUAGAUAACCAAAUUUUCUCAGCCUUUGGGCUCCGCUUUUCGCGCGCGCGUGGAGCUCCACCAUAAGGUGAACAUUUCUCUAAGACAGACACGCACAACUGGUCCCAGAAGUGGCCGUGUUACAGAGAAUUGAUUGUAUCUUGUUGUUUGUAGACACUCACCAAAGGAUUCCCGUGGUAACAAGGCAGAGUGUACUAGCUGCGAAACUAUGAUCCCUGAUUGGUACGUACAUGUAUUAGUUUAUGACAGUUGAGUUGCUGUAUUACUUGCCAUUGGUUAAACCUGACUACACUCAGUAUACGCUCCAUUCUUUGCCUUGUAAACAUAUACCUUCAUAAUCUGAGGGAGCCAAAAUAUUUAUAAGCCCUAUUGGUUCCUUCUGGGCUUCCUCGCCACAUUCAUUUGCUUCUGGUAGUCCUGUAUUUUUUCCUUUGUUUUUGUGGUAAAUAAAAGAGAACUCAAUGAUAUACAGCGUACGCGUGGGUGUUGCAUACACUUAAAAAUAACACCAGCUAUUUCGGUCUACAUGUGGGCUAUGGUUGGCCUGUGUUUGGCCACUCCUUUUUUUCCCUUAAAAAGAAUUUCGCAAUGCCCUCACUGUACUCGGGACCGCUACUUGCAUAUCUAACCUGAACCUGAACUACGCUAACUUGAACUCUAAUGGGAAAAACUUUUUUUAAACUCGUCCUGUACUCCUUUAUCUAAGCUUACAAGGCACCAAGUUCCGGAGCCAAGCUUGAAAACGUAAUUUCCUUGCUGUUUUUUUUUUUUUUAUAUAAACCUCUUAUCUCUUUGUAUCUUGUCAAUUGUUUGGUAAAAUUGUUGGUCGGAAAUUUGUUUCCUGGUUUGAUUUUUUCGUUUUCGUCUUUCACAGGAGCCAAGUUUGUCCAAAUUGUGAUAUCAAAUUCCCAACAUGCAUUGUGAGUGGUCGUCCGCUGAUGGACUAUCAGUUCUGGAUGUGUAGCACAUGUAAACACCGAGCCUACGAGCAAGAAAUCAGUGCUCUGAACCACUGCCCACUAUGUCAUGCGCCAGUCUGACUUUUGAAAAUACAUACAUUGCACCUCUUCAGCUUUGCUCCCAGAGCCUUCUUAUUCUUGGUCAGAAGUUAAAUGUUAUCCAAGUUGUGUUUUACUGAUUUGACGAAUGAUGCACUACUUGUCAUGGCAGGAACCAGCUUUAGGUGUUUGCUAAGUAAUAGUUGACUGUAUGCAAACACGUGCGUCGACAAAGUAGCUGCAUUUCAAUACAGGGAGUAAAAAGUCCACUUUGGUUUGAGUUAGACCGGGUCACCGGAUGUUGAAUUAUUGUAAGAGACGAAAAGAUAAUUUGGCUUAGUCCAGUGACAAGGGUAAACUAAUUUGGAGCUUUCGGAGACUUAACGUCGUCAUUGCCAUAGUGGCAAUUGAGUCAUUGAUUGUAUUCUUAAAAAUGCUCUAUAAAAAUGCCUUGAGUCGCUCUAGACUGUAACUCUUGUACAAAUAUUUAAACUUUGUAAAAUAUAUUAAAUCUGAACAGCUGUUUAACUAAGU